AUGCAUUCUAUUUGUUUUUUAGUUUUAAAUUUACUUUUAGUCGGUGCUCAAAAUUACACUGGAAAUUGUGAUGAGAGUUUGUUUGUUAACAAUAUAUCAUCAUCUUUAGUCAAUUUGCUGGGAGUAGAUGAAGACAGCAACAGAAUAAAAGAAUUAAAAGAAAAGUUAAAGAAAAUAGACAAAUAUGUUAUAGAUAAAAAUAAAUAUGCUGAGCUUCUAUUAGAUGAAACUAUGAGAACAGAACUAAAUGAGACAAACUUCCACAACGCUUUGAAUGAAAUAGACCAUUUUAGAUUUUUAAUUGAAAAGGAACCUAAAAACUUAUAUUUGAAGCUAAAAGAAAAAAUGACAAGAGAUGAUAUACUAAAGAUUUUAGCAGAACGAAAUAAAAGUCGGAAAUUUUCUAAAUCAGCUAGAAAAAUGAUGAAUAAUGUUUUAGCGGAUAACAUCAAUGAUGAAAUUAUAGAUAAUGUUGUAGACAAAAUAAUAGCACAAUCUCCAAAAGAUAAUCACAAAUUUAAGUACGAUAUAGAAGAUGACAAGUAUUGGGACCCUCAACAAGAGUUAGAAGAUCUUAAAGAAUUUCAUCAACAUGAUGGUCGAAGAAUUUUUAAAGGGGAAAGAACUACGAUCAGAUAUUACCCAUUUAUGGUGUCUAUACACGUGAUGGGCAGAUUUUGGUGCGGAGGAGUUAUCUAUUGGCAUGAUCUCGUCCUAACAUCCGCUGCCUGCCUUCAAUUAAUGCAUAACAAUAGAUUUUUUCGAGAGAACCCGAGCGUGCUCCGAGUACGGGUAGGCAGCAACCACAGUCGCAUCGGAGGAGAAAUGGUGGACGCGCUUGAGGUUUACUUCCAUCCAGGAUACAACCCACGCACUCUUCGUCACAACAUCGCCGUCAUCAGACUCAGGAGGCAUCUUUUCUUCAGCUACCAUCGAAUUCCGAAAAUGAUCAGUAUAUCACAUAAUAAACUUGGCCUUUCUCCGACAUCUGAAGUACUACUUUUGGGUUGGGGAGUCACUAAGCAUGACGCGGGCGGGCCGGCACUGUUAUCGGGACAGCUAGUAGGCAUCAUCUCUUUCGGCCCAGCUUUUUGUGGCGCACAGAACGUGCCCACUGUCUUCACAUUAGUUGGAGCGCACGCUGACUGGAUAGAUAAUGUUAACGAAUCAAUGCCAAGCUACUACCAUGGUAAGAAGCGUACGACGACACUCGAGCCAUUUACAUAUUUCCCGGAGUUCAAACCAAAUCGUCCCAUAAUAACUAGAGCUCGGACUGAAGUAGCUGGCACCACUAAAUCCUCCACAAGUGCCGCUGCGAGGAUCAAACAAAUGAUUGCCGAAGACUCUGAUAUGGAAGGGUUUAGUAUUGAUUCGAAA